UUCAGUGUGCUAAAAAAAAUCAUUAGUUUUGCAUGACGAUAAUUUAAUGUAUAUGAUAAGUUCACAAGUGUUGUUUGGUAAUUUAAUAGCUCGGUAAAAUGAAUAAAUCAAUAAAAUUAAGUGAAAAUACGAAAUUGGGGCGCUAUGCAAUUAUCGAUGAAAAUGUUUCGGCUGGCGAAAUUCUUUUCGAUGAGUAUGCUUUUGUUUUUGGCCCGAAAAACAAUUCGAAAAUUGUUUGUCUGGUUUGUUGUUCUCCUUUCAAUACUGCAAAAGUACCAAAAUGCGUAAAGUGCAAGUGGCCAUUGUGCGGUAAUUGUGUUGAUGAACAAAUUCAUAAUUUAGAAUGUGAAGUUUUCGUGAAAAAUUCGGUUGAAUUUUAUAACUUAAUUGAAACCGAAAAUGAAGUCUGCUUUCAACUGGACUGUAUAACACCAUUGCGUUUUUUGCUGAAAAUCGAAUUAAAUCCUGAGCAAUGGGAGACAGAGAUAUCAUUAAUGGAACACCAUGACCAGGCUCGACGAAAUUCACCACAGUGGAAUGUCGAUCAAAAUAAUAUUGUCGGGUAUCUUCAUGGUCCGUGCAAAUUGAAAAAUCGAUUUUCUGCUGAUAUGAUACAGCGCAUUUGUGGAAUCAUUGAAGUCAAUUCGUUUGAGGCCCGAACUAUUUACGGGCAUGAGAUACACUGCAUUUUCCCGAAAGCGGCGGUAAUGUCACAUUCAUGUGUCCCGAACACUUGCCAUAGUAUUUUGGCAUCUGAUAGCUACAGAAUCACUGUUCGGGCUUCAGUGAGCAUCGAAAAAGGCGAAGCGCUCACUACGUGUUACACCUACACCAUGGCAGGUACACUUUCGAGACAAGAUCACUUAAACAAAGGCAAAUAUUUUACUUGUGAAUGCGCUAGAUGCAUCGAUCCAACAGAACUGGGAACGAAUUUCAGUUCAAUGAAAUGUACGAAAUGCGACGAUGGAUAUAUCGCUUCGACCAAUCCGCUAGAUAAAAAUGCACCAUGGAAAUGCAUGCAAUGCCCAAACAUGAUUUUAAGUUUUUCAGCAUGUCAAACACUCUCAGUUCUACAGAGUGAAGCGAACGAUGUUGAACAAGCGCUAUUUACUCCUGAAGGCAUUGCAAAAUGUGAACAUUUAUUGAAAAAGUUCAAGCAUAUAUUGCAUCGAAACCAUUUUAUUCAAAUCGAUUUGCGACAAAAUCUGAUUAAAAUGCUUGGCCGUACACCCGGCUAUCAGUUAAAUGAAUUGUCCGAUAUUCAAUUGAAGUACAAAAUCGAUUUAUGUCAUCACGUUUUAAGUCUGUUAAGCGAAUUACAUCCAGGAGAAACUAGAAUUCGAGCGAUGCUGCUGUACGAAUUGCAUGCACCAAUAUUUCUACAUGGAAAAAUGGCCUUUGAAAAGGGUUUAAUAAACGAUGAACAGCUACGAGACAUCUUUACAACAAGCAUUGAUUUGCUGGUUGAAUGCAUCACCAUUUUGCAAAGAGAAGAUGUGUCUAGUAACGAAAAUAAAGUUGUUUAUGUGGCUGCUAAUACAUUAAAAUAUCUACGGGAGGUUGUAAAUGAAUUUCCACAGAAAAAAUAAUUGUAUUUAGAAAUAAAUGAUGUUAUUCGCAUUGAAAUGCGAACAAAAGUCGCUGAAAACCAUGCCGAAAUCAAUUACUUAUGUCGUAAAUAAAAUUUAAA